AAACUCUCCAAUGGCGAUUUCAUCUUCUUUUCCCUUUUUACCCUUCUGCCUGCUGUUAUGGGCUUUUACCGUAUAUGCUAACGGAUGUUAUACCUCCAUCAUAAGCUUCGGUGACUCGUUAGCUGAUACCGGAAACCUCAAACAACUUGUCGCGAAAUCAAAUGGUCGACCGCCCCAUUUCAUGUAUCCGCCCUACGGUGAAACGUUCUUCCAUAACCCCACCGGCCGCUGCUCCAAUGGCCGUUUGAUCAUCGAUUUCCUUGCUGAGAAUUUGGGGAUGUCAUUGAUUCCGCCGUAUGAGAGUGUGAAAUCGAGCAUGGAGGUGAUAGAGAAAGGACAAGGUGUUAAUUUUGCGGUGGCGGGUGCAACUGCAUUGGAUUCAGCGUUUCAUGAAGCACAAGGGGUUUACAAUGCUUAUACGAAUGCGUCUUUGAAUGUGCAGUUGGGAUGGUUCAAACGAUCGUUGCCCGCUAUUUGUGGCAACCCCUCAGAUUGCAAAAAUUGGAUUAAAAAAUCUUUAAUUCUUAUGGGAGAAAUCGGAGGUAAUGACUACAAUCAUCCUGUAAUCGCUGGAAAAUCCCUUGAAGAGCUCAAAUCGUACGUUCCUCUCGUUAUUAACAUCAUCAUAUCAGCUGUCACCGAACUGAUUGAGCUCGGAGCAGAAACGCUCGUGGUUCCUGGGAAUCUGCCAAUUGGAUGCUCAGCGGCCUAUUUAACGAUUUAUUAUGGCGCCCAAAAAGAUGAGUACGAUAAUGCAACCGGUUGCUUGAUUAAGCUAAACAAAUUCGCUGAGUGCCACAAUGAGUUGCUCCAAACCGAACUAAAUCGAAUCCGAGAGCUUCAUCCUAACGUCAACGUCAUUUACGCUGAUUACUACAAUGCUGCCAUGCAGUUUUUUCAAUCCCCUGAAAAAUACGGGUUCACAAAUGGAGCUCUAACGGCGUGUUGUGGAGGUGGAGGGCCAUAUAACUACAAUCGAUCGGUAGCAUGUGGAUAUCCGUUGUCGACAUCAUGUUCUCAACCCGAAACAUACGCCAACUGGGAUGGAUUGCAUUUAACCGAAGCUGCAUACCAAGUGAUUUACAAGAGUUUAUUUCAAGGAACGUAUACAACACCUCGAUUUAACUCCGUGUGCCCAACGUCGAUGGUACAAGCAAAAGAUGCAUCAUCGAGUUCGGUUCAAAGCUUUUAGUACAAGAAAAUAAGCUUGUAAAUGAGAUUUUUUUUUGGUAUGAAUUAUGAUUCAGCUGUAAUGUAAUUGUUUUGAAGUAAUGCAUCAUCAUGUUUCUAUAUAGUUGGGAAAUUGUAUUUUAAAAUAUAUUAAAGGGUAUAUAUAAAAUAUUUUCCAUGAAUAUAUGGAAUUGUUU